AUGUCGGCUCAGAACUCCGCGGGCAUUCAGACCCUCCUCGAUGCCGAGAGAGAGGCUCAAAAGAUUGUGCAGCAAGACCGCACCAAGCGCAUAAGAGACGCCAAGUCAGAGGCUCAGAAAGAAAUCGAGGAUUACAAGAAGCAGAAGGAAGAGGAGUACAAGAAGUUCGAGGGCGAGCACUCGAGCGGGUACAAGGUCGCCGAAGGCGAAUCCAACAAGGAAGCCGAUGUCAAGCUCCAGGAAAUCAAGGAAGCUGGCAAGUCGCACGGCGACAAGGUGGUGGACGAGCUGAUCCGUGUGACGACCGACGUGAAGCCCGAGGUGCCUGAGAAGAUUAAGGCAUAA